AGGCGUCUCCUCUGUGGCUGCUCUUUCUGAUUUCACGACUGAGCUGCACGACAAACCGAGCUCGUCUCACUGUGAGUCCCAGCAGCUCUCAGAUGUUUGAAGGAGAGUUUGUCUCUCUGAGCUGUGAGGAGGACGAACCCUCUGGAUGGACUCUGAGGAGAAACACGACCAGAGGAACCAGGACUCAGUGUGGAGAUGGAUGGGGAAAAACUGCUGGUUCCUCCUGUAAGAUCAGCUACAUUGUCCCUCUGGACAGUGGAGUCUACUGGUGUGAGUCCAGAGAGGGAGAAACCAGUAACACCAUCAACAUCAGCGUCACUGGUGGACCAGUGAUCCUGAGGAGUCCUGUCCUCCCUGUGAUGGAGGGACAUGACGUCACUCUGUCCUGUAGGACAACGACGUCCUCCAACCUCCCAGCUGGUUUCUAUAAAGAUGGCUCCUUCAUCAGGACUGAGCCUGAAGGUCACAUGACCAUCCAGCAUGUUACCAAGUCUGAUGAAGGCCUCUACAGGUGUAACAUGACGGGUGGAGAGUCUCCACCCAGCUGGCUGUCUGUCACAGGUAAACCCCCCACCACACCUCCUCCCCCCACCUCCACCACUGGUUUCUUCUUCUCCUCUUCCUCUCCUCCUCUUUCCUCGCCUCCUUCCCUCUUAGUGUUGUUGUUUCUUCCAUCCCUCUGUGGUCUGCUGCUACUGGUUGUACUGGCUCUACUGGUGAGACGAUGUGUCCGGAGGAAGCCUGAAGAGAGUGAUGCAGCUCCAGUUUACUCAUCAGUGAAAAGAACAGAAGACGUCCAUCAGGAACCAAACAGGAUGAGCGAGAGCGAUCCGGCUCCUGUUUAUUCAGCAGGGAAACAAACUAAUGAGGUCAUUUAUGGAGAAAUAGUGAUCAGACCGAAGAGGACCAGAGAGUUUUCACCAGAGCCAGAGGUCGUCUACUCUUCACUGAGGUCCACAUUCACUCCUUCACACCAGUGAAGUCCAGCUGCUGGUUUUACUGGUCUCUAACUGGUCUCCAGAGGCCUCUGCACAAACUUCUAUUUAUUACAUAACAUGCUGUGUGUCUCUAAAGCCUCCAGCUGCAGACAGACUUAUUUAAAUGUUGCUGCUGGGCGUCGUCCUCUCUGCUGGAAAGUGUUAUCUAAUAUAAAAAUGUAAAAUGAAUAAUUAGUUUAACAUGUGCAGCAAUAAGAUGUUUGAUUUAUUAAAUAUGAAUCAUAACUGUUCAGGUGGUGAACUGCUGCAGUGGCUUCCUGUUUAUUCUCUUCCUGUAAACAGCCAGCAGGUGGCAGCAGCUCGACUUUGUUCUGCAGAGGAUCAGUUUCACUGUGACCUCUUUAAAAAAACACAGGAGGAAAAGAGAAACAACAGCAAAUAGAAUGAAAUCUGCAUCGAGUUCAAGGUUUCACCAGUAAAACAUCACAGAUAAAAACAUAACUGCAUGCAUAGAUGAUUACAAAAAGACACAAACUGAGCAGAGUUGGUUUAUUUGUUAAAAAACGGUUUGAAUUCUUCAGUUUGUCUGAAUGUAAACAACAGGGACGAACCCAAAAUAAUUCAGAUCGGUCCAAACAUGUUUAUGUGAUGCAAAACACGUUACGUCACAUUCAGGUUCUUAUCUGAAAGAAAAACUCUGAGCUUCAACAACAACAAGACGACGACACACCCAGAAACCAGAAACCUGAUGACAUGACUGUGUUAAUAAAGACAUAAAGACAUGAAGACAUCAAGAGAGAAAGAGAGAAAGACAUAAAGAGAGAAAGAGAGAAAGAUAUUAAGACAUAAAGACAUAAAGAGAGCUGAUCAACCGUGUUUAGAGAUCAGAGGAGUGUCACUGUACUAUUAAGUACAAACAUGUAUGUGUAUAUAUUUAAAUAAAUAUAUAUAAAUAUGUAUAUAAAGUAACAA